GCUCCAGGCAUGCCAACCAGCCCACCAAUGUAUGUGUGUUCUUGUAUGAGAGUGCGUGUGAGUAAGUGUUGGGCAUCCACAGGAUCCUUCUUCAGCUUCCACGCGUUCAAUGUUCCCUUGGUACAACUGCUGCCACCAACGACUGACGACUUGAGCAACCUUCCAACCAUCGACAACUCCUACACCCGAGGACUGGGACCACUGCUACUCCCAUCAUCGCUACAACCAGCUCUACUAUUCUAAGGGGGGGGGGUUCUUCUUGACCGAUUUGGCUCGGGAUUGCACCAAGCCAGAGCUCAGGUAGUAGAUUUCCCUCUCAUCGAUAUCUAUGUGUGGCCUGAACCGGAGGACAAGAAUCAGUCGAAGGAGAGACUUUCGGCAUAAUUUUACCCGCGCUCUAGGUUUUUCAAGAAGCCAAGUUAGGUCACCUUGUGUUAUCGUAGAAUUUCUCUUGGAUUGGAACGUCAUUCCGUCUCCGAACGAUCUCGAGAUCAGAGCAUAUUCUAGUCUCUGGGACUUUUCUGUAACUCCUUCCCAUCUUCUAACCCCUCCCCACUCAGUGCAAAAAUGAAGUCUGUCGUCUACGGAACCGCCGCCGUUGUGGCCACAUGCAUUGCUUCCGCUUAUGCUACAGAAGAGCCCGCCAAUCCCAUGAUCUCCUUGGGUAUGGAGUUUUUGGCCAGAGCUGCUUCCACAUCUGAAGUGCUUACUCUUAACAUCCCCAACCUCAUCGGACUCCUGAUCCUGAAGGCUAUCCUGGUUGGAAUCGGUGUCUUUGCCGUUGGAGGUGGUGGUGGUAUUAACGGUCGCUCAGACGAUGAUGGGUUCCCCAUCAAGCAAUCUGACAUUACCGGUGGCAUGUGCUUCAUGAUGUUCACCGCCGGAGAUUUGGACAAACUCUCGUGCAUCCAACGUACCGCCUGCGAAGACCCCAAGACUGCCAGCGACUACUUGACCGCCGGAAAGAUGUGGCAGAAGUUGAACUCUUACAUGAAGGUUAUCCCCUUCGAUCGUGAAUACUACGACAUCAUGGUUGCCGUCCAAACCGCUGUUGAUCAUUCCCUGAAGGGAGGUGACUGUAAGAUCUACCAUUGGUAGAUUUCGUCCGCAACACGCACACCCACACACCUCAUUAUAAUUCUCUUCACAAAAUUCAUGCUGAAGCAAGGAAGGGGAGCGACAUCAUCAUCAUCAACAACAACACCAACAGCAAAACCAUUGUAACCAUCAUCAUCAUCAUCAUCAUCACCACCAACAACAACAACACCAACCGCAUUGUCAUCAAUACUUUUUAUCGUCAUCAUCAUCGUGAUCUGCCAAGCAAAACAAGAAGUAUACAAGAAGAAGAAAAUAACGACGGGCCACGAAGACAAAAGUCCUCGUCCAAAAGGAUUUUCCUAGCCUUCAACACACUUACGACAAACGUACUUGGUUGGAGUGGAAGGCACAAACUCCAUCGACCUAGUUCCGAGCGGCUCCACCAAAAUCCCGUCUGUUCGCUCUUCCUUCUUCCCCUCAAACCGAAAUCAGGAGAAACGGUGGCCGAUAGCGCAACUCCCCUCUACAAACUGCUACUUCUAUCUUCUCCUGCUCCCCUGCUGCUGCUGCUGCUGCUGCUAGCGUCGCAUGCUGGAACAUGCAUGCCGUUUCCAUCAUCUUGUAACCAACCAUCCCAACCAUCAUACCAAUUCUCGGCGUUAGGAUAGCUAGGACGCCAAGUCACAUGUGUUUGACUUCCAACUGGCUUGAGAAUCACUUGAUUGGAAUGUAUGAAAGAAAACCUGGAGCAGCAGCAUGGACGGGAGGGAGGCCAAGAACCGCACAUGGUCCCUACAGAAGUGUGUGCGAGGAGUGUCUAGAUGUGUGACAGGAUAGACGUUUCUCUUUUUCCACUGCCUUUCAUUACCUCGACUGACGACUGACUCGCGCCACUGCCAGUACUGCUACCACCACGACCAAACCACCUCUAGAACCAACAUCCCUAGCAAAUCCAAGGCGACCAAGGGGAUCAAGCACCUAUCGCAUCGCAUACCUGUGGACUUCCACAUCCUUCUCCUCAUUUUCCUUUGCUGCUACAACCACAACCAACUACGACCAUCACUACUACUUUGGCCCCGGUGUGGCGUGGCCUCCUGCCAUCCAUCUCAAGGACCCAUGCCUCCGCAGCCAAGUGGCGCUUAAAGCCACGAGAAUAGCAUUAUCCACCACGUAUGCUAGCCGCUCUAUUCAUCACCUCAACCAACCAAGUCGUCCAUCACAGAUGGCGUGCCAAGAUUUUUUGACUUUCUAUAAGUCGACGAACUGCAGCGCGCCGCUGUCUUUGCAACCUCCAAUCGCCUCCGUUAUCAUCCUGAAGAAGAAAAAGAAUGAUGACGGUGGGAUUGCCGAGGGGAACAGUCCUUAAGGCCGUCGUUACUUUGAAGACACCAAAGUGACCACGGCUUUAGUUCCAAACUCAACAACUUUUCAAAAAACACACAAACACAAAUCGGUCCAACUUCGGCUCGGUCAUGCACUACUUGAAUGGCCGUGUACCGAAUGGGCUCAUCAUCCGAAGACUAGUAUAUACUAUGUAUGACCUUUCGUCUUCAUUUAGUAACCUUUCUCCUAAAUGAUUUUCUCGAUCCUCUCAGUCGAUCAUGAUAACCAGUUGCUAUUGUUAGAAGUCAUGUAAAUAGGAUCAAAAGAACAACAAAAACCACCCACCUACAACAAC